AUGCAGCAACCAGACCACGUUUCCUUCUACGAGGAGGUCCUCCUUGAACACGACCUGUCACCGUUUCUGGCCAGCGGCGUAGUCAUCACAGACUUUGCUAUGACCUCCUGGGGAGGCUAUCUUCUUGGGCUGUCGGACGGUAGCCUGCUUUUGGGCCAGCGUGAAUCGAAUGCUAUUGAGUGGUCACUCAUCGAAGUCUUCAGUGUGACGCUCCAAAAGAUCCUUGUUGGUCCAACCCACAUCUUUGUUGUGGGGAUAGACGAAAGUGUUCAGUCUCGUACUCGUUUUGGCGGCGCUUUUUUGGCCCACCAAUCAUCAGGCCAGGCGCGUUCUGGGUUCUCCCUUGCUGUCUUUGCUUAUUCUCAGAACAGAAGGCGUCACUCCUCAGGAACUGGCGCGACUUUAAUCUUUCGGCAGAAGAUCCCGUCCUCACUUUCAAUGGCCAUCACUGGGAUGGCUGUUUCCGCCAUGUCAGUAACGGAGGAUGAACAUUACCUUAUUCUUGGAACUAACAAGGGCCAGGUUGAGGUCAUUCGCCUCAACAGAAACAAAUCCUUGUAUGUCACAGAGAUUACUGGGGCAUCGCUGCAAGGAAAGAAGGACUCUAGUUCACGCAUUCCCAUUCAGAGCGUUUUUAUAGUUCCAUCGACUGAGGGGACUCGCCUUGCAUGGGUCUUUGGAUCGAGCCUCACGACAAUUUCUUCUACCCUUAAUUCCGACAGUGUUUCCUCAUACAUAGGACUGUACGCGUUUAACGGUUAUGGCGCACAUCUACAUAGCCUGGCUAGACUUGUUUCCCCGCAACCAACGCAUAGAUCUGCUAUUCUUUGUGACUACAAUAGUAGCUUCCCCGCAAGCUCUCCCAAGAAUGCGUUUGGCACUAUAACUUAUUUUAAUUAUACGUCAUCACUCCAAAUUGUAGAGGUACUGACACCAUGCUCUCUCUCUAAUUUAGCUCUCAAUAAUCCAAACGAUAUAGCGAAGAUUGACACCGUUAUUAGGGCACCGCAUCCCCUCCUCUACACGUCACUUCCGUCACCUCUGAUGGCUCUUCAACGAAACUCCAUUAAUCACUUAAUGACACUGGAGCUCUCAGGGGCUCUAGCAGUGUAUGACGCUACGAAGCUUGUGUACAAAUCAUCCCUUCCGCAAACGGAGUACAAGGUUGUUGUGUCUCCUGUGACGAAUGCCUUCGUCUGUCUGGCUACCUCUCCCUCUCAAAACUUUUCCAUAAGAGAGAUCAAUCUUCUCAGUACACAUGCACAGAUCAAGUCUUUGAUAAGCAAUAAGCUCUACACCGAGGCUCUUGCCAUGGCGAAGAGCAGCAACUGCUCCUUAACAUCGUUCAACAUUGCAACUAUACACAUGCAGUUUGCAGACUUUCUCUUUGAACAGGGUCAGCUUGAACAAUCAAUCGAAGAGUAUAGUCAAACAUCGAAGCUUCUGGAGCCCUGUGUGGUGCUGUCUAAGUUUCUUGCAAAGAACAGGGUGGACCUGAUGGUGCGCUAUAUUCUGUCCAUCAAUCGGGCAGGAAAGGCCGAGGACAUGCAUGUCCGCAUGCUCUUUAAUUUCUAUGAGAAACUGGGCCAGAGGGAAGCCAUCCACGACUUUAUCGAGGAGGCUAUUCAAGUUUAUCAGAAUACUAAUUGCCAGCAGUGCACAAUUAAAAACAUCAAGGGAGCAUACGAUGCACUACGUGACAUGGGAAUGGUGGACGAGGCGCUAUUACUUUCUAUCUGUCUCGGGGAGGGACUGCUCGCCAUUAACCUUCUAAUUGAAACAAACAGAUACAUUGAGGUGCUUUGUCUCCUGUCUGUGAUGGACUUCGACGACUGUCGGGCAGCCAUACUGGAGUUUGGGCGCGAGCUCAUUAGGCAUUCGCCCCAGGACAUCUGCAAGACCAUAAAGCGCCUGUGUGUGAUGUUUUCCUCUGAACAGCCUGCCAACCUUCCUGUGCGGUACCGCCAGUCUGUCCUGCUGGCGACCAAGGAAGAGCCGAGAGAGAUCCCUGCAUGGAUCACGCGCAUGUCCAAAUGGAACAAACCAGCGGUGACGACUGAGCAGGUGUUUUCUAUUGAGGAGUUCAUGCUUGUCUUUUUUGAAGCAUCGCUUAACAGCAAUCUUCUAGAUAUUCUGAAAUCACUUUUUGCAAGAGUGCUGGAUAACACCCUCGGUUAUGAUUCGUUCAAGCCGGCCACGGCUGUUGUGUUUUUCGAGCUCCAACUCUGUCUGAAGAUAAGCGAGGCAGAAAUUCUGAAGAAUCUCAAGGAUUAUAUCAGAUUUAUAAAUAACGUGAUUGAUAACACCGGCAGUGCGGUUAUAUCCCGGCUUAAGAGCCCCGAUAUUGCACGAAGUCAGGUAGCAGUUAAGCCGGCGGGGAGAGCCAGUGGAAAGGAAAAGGCAGCCAAGAGACAGAAGAAGCUCAAGUUCGAGAUAAGAGAUGGGUUGGCUCGCAUUCUGGUAUGCUUCUAUCUUCACGACUUUAAGGCAGGGAUCCUGCGUUUGUUGCAAAUGAAUCUUGAUCACAUAAGCUGUAUUCGCUUUUAUAUCAGCACUGGAGACCUAUAUAGCGCCGGCGAGGCGUAUGGGCGCAUGCUGGAUGAUAAAGAGUUUAUUUCAGACGCCAGCUUUGAGAAAGACAUCUGGAUGGAGCUCCUAACGGCGUGCAUCAGCACCAAGAAUGUCGAGGCGACUGCCGACGUUCUCCGGACGAUCAUGAAGCGCAAGGAGGCACCGUAUGAGCAGGUACUGCAGGUCAUCACCACAGCCCUCCCGCUUUCGCAUGAGUCGUUGCAGACCGAUGCAAAGAGUGAGUACUGUUUUGAGGCAGAUGAGUUCACUACUGUUUCUCCAACCUUUUCGGACAGCAGCCCAAGCGUGACCUUCGGGCCCUUCGCAGAGUACUUCCGGCAGAUAGGCGAAAAGGUGUCUACGAGCCUCUGCGACUGCGUGAACACUAUGAUAAAGAAUCAGACGCAGCUCCGGACUUGGGAGGAGCGUCUUGCCGAUAUAUCUAAGCCGCGCCAAUGGACCAAGGGGAACUGUGCACGUUGCAACUUCCGACUAGAGCCCCCAAUCACUUAUCUCGGCUGCGGGCACGCAUUCCAUGGCAACUGCCUCCAAGGCCAGGAGAGCUGUCCGCACUGCUACCCAAGAGGCCACUCGAGUGCCACACCAGUCGUCAAGGUGGCCUCCGGGUGCGCCAAGACGUUUACAAACCUCGUCGAGGAGCUGCUUUGCCCCGAAGUUGCCCAGUUCUUCCCCUAG